AUGACCACCAGCCUGGGGGACUCGGACGAGCUGCUAAAGGAGUUAGACCUGGAAAACUACGUUACCUUCGUGAAGAGGUGUUUCAAAAAUGGAAUAAAAAAAGAGGAAGAGGAUAUCUGCGCUCAGGAUUUGAGGAACCUGGCCAAGUGUCUCCCCAGGGUGUCCGGCGUCUGGUACGAUUUGCACAAAAACAGUUGGGAAGCCAGGUGGGCUGAAGGGACUAAAUCUGCAAGAAAGUAUUACUCUGUGCAAAAGUUUGGCUUCCACGAAGCGAGGAAACUAGCCAUUAAAACCAUCAAAACGAAGGAAAUAAAUUACAUCUACAACAGCAUAAAUGAGGAUUUUAACAAACCCCUCAAGUGGAACCUAAAUAGUGAAUUCCUAGAGAUGAAUCACGAUCCCAUAAUUAACCUUAAGAGGAAAUAUAGAUCCCCUAAUUGUAAAGUCAGGGAGAAGAAGAUUAAAAAGGAACCCAGUAAUGGGAACGGUGUUAGUAGAAAAAUUAAAGGUGAAAAGAAAUGUACCACUCAAACAAGGGGGUUGAGAAGGGGGCAUGCUCAUUACACUUCUACUACCAGCUGCAACGCCUCUACGAAAGGUAGAUUUUACAAAUCAGAGGAACAGCAUGGCAUCUACGGGGACACACCAAAUGGGUUGCACACAGAUGGCACCACCAACAACCACGGGGAAGACCAAAGUGAAGCCUCGAACAUCUUGGACGGCACUAUUUCCAAUGUGAGAAACGACCAUGAAAUGGACGACAUUGCUGGGCAGCACGCCGUAGAAGGUAGUCCCUCCAGUACUUGUCCGAAUCAUAGGGAAACACCCACAAACACAAAAAUGGCGUUGUCCAUAGAGGAAAACUUCCAGCAUCCUCUUCAUAUGGAUGAAUGCAAUGAUACUUGCCUAAGUGAGGAAGAACCUUUGGGGAAGGAGAACCUAUGCACCAUAGAUGAAAAUGGGAAGAGUCCCUCCAGUGUUAACAGAAACAACGGGAACAUGAACAAGACGGACGAUUAUGAUAUACCCCCUAUACGUACCGCCAGCGAGAAUGAUCAAAUAGAGGAAAACAAUUCGAGUAAGCAAGGUGAUGAUAAAACACCCAAGGAAGAGAACACGCUCCAGAAGCAUACCCUUCGCAAAAGAAUCCUCAACUGCAAUAAAGACAUCCAUGGGAAGGGCAAAACGAGUAUGGUGAAAUUCCCAGGCAGAAAAAUCCUGAGCUACAUGAGACAACAAAAAAAAACGAAGAACAAAAGCACCCUGUAUGCCAAACAAAGUGGACUCCUAAAAAUGAACUUAAAGCAACUGCCAAGUAAGGUGUUCAGUAAGGAACAUGGCUCCAGGUUGAACCGAAAGAACUUAAAAAAAAAAAGUUUCCUAAGUGAAAAAAGGGCAGGCAUAAAUGGGGGUGCCCUUUUUGUUAAAAAAAGUAAAAGUUGCAAUCACGCAGAGGGGAAGAAGUGCAAGAAUUGCGACUUCAGGAGGAAGAAGCUGAGGGACCUGCGCGAGCACGAUUCACUCCUCUUUUCGAGCGUGCUCCCAAACGGUGGAGAAACCUUCAGUGGCGCAGAAAGCUCCAACGGUGGGGAAACCCUCAAUGGGGAAGAAUCCCUCAACGCGGACCGGACGCACCAACUCGGCACGGACAUGGCCUCCCCCACGUAUGGCGAGACGGACGCUCAGAACGGCAACGAAGGGGGUGAUCAGACGAGUAAACAAUUGGGUUCCCUAAAUAUAGACGCACAAAGGGAAGAAAUGCAAAAGGAAGACGCGCAAAAGGAGGACACGCAACAGGAGUACACGCAACAGGAGUACACCCCACCUGGCGAAAUGACUCAGAAGAUGAAGUGCUGCGUGGAAAUUAACUUAAAGGAAGUCCUCCAUUCGGACACGCUUAGCAUAUUCAAAAAUGCAAUUAAUUUACUGCUGAACGACUUGAAGUGCAAAUGUGUGCCCCACAUGGAUAAGCAAUUUUUGAACAUCCUGGAGAUUAUCGAUAAUCACAUGAACUACGUAAACUCCAUGCUCAGUGAACAAAUUUUAAUUACCUAUGUUCACUUAUUUGACAUUUGCGUAUCCAACAAUAUUUUGCCAAGUCAAAUGGACCAGAACGUACAGAAGGUUUUUUGCAAUGCGCUGAUUGCGUUUCAUAUUCUCCUUUUUAAUUUCCUGAAGGAUAGACGGGGCUAG